CACUUCACCAUUAAUCAUCUAAUGGUAGUAAACAAUUUUAGGAUAAAAAUAUGAAAUUGUGGCCCUCAUUAAACACACAAUUCUAUUCAAAGAGAAGAGAUGGUAGUAAACAAUUUUAUUAUAAAUAUGAAAUUGUGGCCCUCAUUAAACAUACAAAUCUAUUCAAACAUUUGAGAGGUUGCUAGUUUUCCGCUCCUCUAAUGAGCAGCAAAUUCACAACAAUAAAAAAGUUUUAAAUUUCAAAAAGAAGUCAACUACUACAACUUACAUACCGAUAUCAUGGGCGAAAUUCAAUAUCAUUAUUAUGAAUGGGGAAUUAGUAGUAUAAAUAUUUUAAAAAAACAACGUCUAGCGUUCAAAAUCCCUAAAUUCAGGAGGGGAUGGGCAAAUACUAAUUAAUGAUAUUAAUUAACCAAACCAAACAAAUAUAUUAUUUAUAUAUUGAUAUCCAAUCGGAGAAGGGGUUAAUUUUGUGUUUGAAAAAAAAAGUAGAAGAGAAAAUGGAAGAGGACAAUAAGGGUGAUCAAGUAGCUUUGCCAAUGCCAUGGUGGUGGUGCCCGUGUGACACCAGCUAUAGUAGUCAUCGCCAUUCAUCUCUUUGGCUUCACGCAACUCUCUCAGAGUUGGAUGAGAAUAUAAAAACGAUGGUAAGUAUACUAGAAGAAGAUGGAGACUCGUUUGCAAAGAGAGCGGAGAUGUACUACCAGAGAAGGCCUCAGCUUAUCGAAGUAUUAAAUGAGUUGCAUAACUCUUACCGUUGGCUGGCUGAAAAGUACGACCAACUUAUCAUUAGAUCUCAAUCCCAAUCUCAUGAUCAUAAUGUUCGUCCAAGACCAGUGAUCAAGUCCUUGAGACAACUCCAUCAGAGGAAGUAUCCUCUCCAAGAGGAUAAUAAUAAUAACAAUAAUCAUAAUGCAGACGAUGGUGAUAUGAAAAAGACUAGAAGUGAUGAGCGUUUUUACGAUUUGGAAAUAAUAAAUGGUGGUGGCGAUGAUGAUGAUGAUGAUGCUGGUAAAAUAUGGAGAGGGAAAGAGGUGUCUGAAUUGACAGAGGAGCAUUUGCGUCAGCAAGAUGAGUUGAUAAGAAGAAAUGAGAAGAAAAGAGAGAGAAUAAAGGAGCUUAGUUCACAGGUGAAGAGGUUAAUGGAGGAGAACGGGGCUCUAAAGGCUUGUUUGGCCAACCGAAACCACUCGUCCCGCCAUUCCCACUGUUCCAAGGCGUUUUUCUUUGGAAAGCUCACUGGAUGCUCUCGUUAAUAUUAUUAAUUAUUAGACCAGAAGGAAGGUUGGUGCAGUUGUUGUAUAAAUCUCAUUUUCUGAGAUCGAUACAUAAAAACAAUUUAGUAUCUAUAUGUAUGGUGGUUGGUAUUGUUGACAAUAACUGGUUUUAAUGACUAUUGUUACUAUGUUUUAAAAAGGUGCUACGGUGCUAGUAGUUUGUAGUAUGGGGACUACAUUAAUUUCGUACAGUGAUACCUUUGAAACAAAUCUAAUUACAUAGAAAAAAAUAAAAACUUAAUUGCGAC